AUGGAACUUGAGACAGAGCCACUCAAUGGACUGACGAGCCAUGACGAUUCCUUGUUUGAUUAUGACGCCGGUCUGGAUGCGACAUGGAAACGACCUACGACUGAACCUAUUGCAAAACCCUUUGGUGAAAAUUCAACAAUGCCUAUUCUGGGAGUCGACGACAAAGUCAAGGUUAGCAAGCAUCGCCGUUUCGUUGCAAAAUUGGAUGAGAGCAGGUUACUGUCGCACUCUGGAAUACCGAAGCUACGCCGCACGUCAAGGCAGAGGCUUAGACUGAAAGGCAAAGGACACGAGUAUUCUGAUGUGGCCCGGCUUCUGAACUUCUAUCAAUUAUGGCUUGAUAAUCUGUAUCCUCGUGCUAAAUUUGCCGAUGGUCUGGCCAUCAUUGAAAAACUUGGCCACUCUAAACGCAUGCAAACGAUGAGAAGGGAGUGGAUUGACGAAGAGAAACCAAAAGCGUUGGCGGCUGAAGCAGUGCAGAUGCCACAGUUGGCCCAUUUGAAUAAGCAAACCUCUGAUGGCUACGGCAAAGACAAUGAUAUUCCUUUUACGGUAGAGACAUUCGACACAUCAAUAAGUGCGCUGAACCCUGGCGGUGGACACGGGAACUCGGCGUCCAACCUGGUACAGCCACACGCAACAGAUCGAGAGUCAAACCAAGAAAAAGCGGAGACUGGUAUCGAAAUUGAUGCGUCUAAUGAUGAUGAGUUGGAAUUCCUCUUGCGGGAAUAUGGGGAUAGUAGCCUUGACGCCUAG